CAGGAACAUCAACUCGGCAUCCGCGCGGUACCCGCCGUCCAGUUGAAUGAAUCACGCUUUUCAUCCAAGCAAAAUACGGACGACGCCCAUAUCUUGGGAUCACCCAAUGUUGUUCAAGUCACGAUUGGCGAUCGCUUGCCAGCUCAACCGAAUUCAGAGAUUACAACGGGUGGGCGGGAGGAUCGGAAGCACAGAACUGUCCAUAAUCCACGAAUGGACCAUCGCGUCACUCGCGCGCUCACAUAAGCCAAGUAAUUCUCAAGUGGAUAAUCACAAGUUACUUUGCCUGCUGCUGCUUCGCAGCGUGCAUUCGUCAACACAGAACGAAUCCUGGAACCUAAACGCUUGCGAAUCAGAAAUACACAGCCAGGCCCACUGCCAACAACCCCAACACCGGAGCCACUAUCUCUCCCGCUGCGCGGCGGAGGGCGGCCCGGGCGGUCGCGGUCGCCCGCUCAUUGAACACCGCGCUGUCAUUCGAGUACGGGUACUCGCCCUCAUCAGGGAUCGGCACCCCCAGGAACGGGCACAGCGUCUGCCACCCUUGCUUCGCGUCGAACUCGAGCAGCCGGUCCUUCGGCACCAGCGCGCGGACCCUGUCGUAGUGCGCGACAAAACGCGCCUGCGCCUGCUCGGCGGUCGGAUCCGGCCCGUUGAGCUGCAGGUGCAUCCCCUGCGCGAGCGGCUUGAAGUGCGCGAGCCCGGAGACGUCGAGCGCCAUGGCGAGCGCGAAUGCGGGGUUGUGCGGGACGCGCCCGAUCGUGGAGGAGAAGGACUUCCACCACUUGGCGGGGUCGCGGAGCGUGAGGAUGACUUUGGCUUCGGGGUAGGCGGCGAUGAGGUCUUCGGCGUACAUCAUGGGUGGUGCGUCGGUGGCUGCCUGUUUGUGAAAGAAUGGUGUCCAAGAAUCUCGUCCCAUUUUUCC